GCGACCGGAACUAGAGAAGUGGCGCCCUAAGAUUGAGUCAAUAUGGAGCUUGUGGACCAAUCACAUUUAACACUGGCUCCCGCGAAGGACCAAUGAGUUGCUGUCUUGUUGGAAGGUCAACUUUGGGCGGAAGUGUCUCUGUAUCCUGAGAGAAGCGAGAUGGGAGUGAAGCUGGAGGUGUUUCGGAUGACAGUGUACCUCACUUUCCCUGUGGCUAUGUUCUGGAUCUCCAAUCAGGCCGAGUGGUUUGAGAGUUACGUCAUCCAGCGCAAGAGGGAGCUAUGGCCGCCUGAGAAGGAGGGCCAGCGCCAAGAGCUAGAAGAGUUCAAAGAGAAGAUGCGGAAGCAGCGGGAGGAGAGGCUCCUUCGUGCUGCCCAGCAGAGCUCCUGAGACCGCCAAGCAUUUUAAUCCAGUCCCUCUGCCCACGAAAUAACACAGACUCAGUUUCUUGGUG